AAGUAGGAAAAUGCAAAGUCGAAAACAGCAACCACCCAUUCUUGAUCUGUUCAAUAACGCACCAAGUCGCAUCUAUAUAUUCCUACGCAGAGGUCUUGCCACAGCUAUUCUGCAUCAUCACUAUGUCUCCUACUUUGCCUUGCUUCACCCUCGACGAUAAAGUCUGCGUCGUGACUGGCGCGUCUCAAGGUCUCGGUCAACAGAUCCUCGCAGCUUUCUGUCUCUCUGGAGGCCAUGGCGCAGUCGUCGACCUCUCACUAGACAGUGCACAAAAGUCCAUUGAAACCAUCAACGCCGAAGUCAAAGAAAAGGGUCUUCCUCCCGCAAAACUCCACCCUUACGAGUGCAACACAGCAGACGAACAAGGCGUCAAGAAAACCUGGAAUCAAAUCGUCAAAGAUUUCGGCAAAGUCGAUGUCCUAUGCACCAACGCCGGAAUCACCGGUGGAGUCCCAGCCGAAGACUACGACUUCAAUGAUUGGAAAGGCAUGUUGGAUGUCAAUGUCAACGGCACUUUUCUCUUCGCCAAACAAGCUGGUCAACAUAUGAUCGAGAAACACAUCAAAGGCUCAAUAAUCAUGGUCUCGAGUAUGUCGGGUGUAAUCGUUAAUCGCCCUCAGAAACAGUCCGCCUACAAUACAUCAAAAGCGGCAGUCGUCCAAAUGAUGAAAUCAAUGGCCAGCGAAUGGGGCGAACACGGUAUCCGCGUCAACGCAAUCUCUCCGGGGUACAUCCAAACCGCCGCCAACGAGGGUGAGGAAAUGGAGAAACUGAGUAAAGAAUGGGUCAAGGAUAUUCCGCUGCAUAGGAUUGCUAAGCCCGAGGAGUUUAGAGGGACGGCGGUGUAUAUGGCGAGUGAUGCUAGUAGCUAUCUUACUGGAGCGCAGAUUGUGGUUGAUGGCGGGUAUACUGUUUGGUAACUUCUCUCACUCGAGAGGACAAGUGAGAUAUAGAGCCAUUCACUGUAGCAUUGCAAUCUGCUUGAGACAAGUUGGCAAACAUGAUGACUCUCAUAAAUCACGCAAGACAAAAAGGUUCAGACGUUCUGUGCUCUGUUCACUUGUCUCCUCUACCAUACUUCUAUCUCUUCUUAUAACCUCUCCAUACUAUGUUUCCCCAAUAUCGGCGCCUCAUCAUGUGAAACGAUAUAUUCCGUAUGCCUGACGAUACCCAAAUCAUCAUGACCACCAUCACUCACACUCUCCCCUUCACCCCAAUACCUGUUACCUCCCCCCACAGCGACAGUCGUCCUCCCUUCCCCACCUUGCCUCAAUCGCAAUGGCCCCUCUUCCACCUCUUCAUCAUCAAAACUAGGCGUCUUGACAUGAAACCUAUGUCCCGUCCCCGUC